CCUCAUCCUAAGUGUCAGCACUUCCUGUUGUCCUUCCUGAAGCCUCAUCCUAAGUGUCAGCACUUCCUGUUGUCCUUCCUGAAGCCUCAUCCUAAGUGUGAUGCCUUCCCGUGGACCAUAACCCUGAGCCAGUUCAGUGUGUACACCCUGUUGGGUCAGCAGCGGUCUCUGAGUCUCCUGGAGCCGAUGGGCUGUACCUCCACCCUGGCCGUCACCUCCCACAAGCUGCAGGCCGCGGGCCCCGAAGGACGCCACGCCUUCAUCGUCUGUCUGCACGUUGACCUGGAACCUCUGAACAUCAAGGUCUCUAACCCCCAGGUCCAGUUGCUGUACGAGUUGUUCCUGUCCUGGAGUUCAACGUGGGCCCGUCUGGAGAAGAGGGGAGGAGUCCUGCGUCAGACUAUCCCAGACCCCCCACUGGGCCGACCCCCUCCUCCCCGUCCGCUCCAGCACCGCUCUCCCAGACACCAGCACCUGCUCCCCUCUGCUGAUUUUGAAUCCCCACCGAGCUGA